CUUCCGGUGCAGAAUCGUGCCAUGUUUUGCUUCUGUUUUUAACUCAGUUUAGUUUCAGAUUCGGUCUAGACCACUUUACCUCAAUUAUUUCCUGCCGUCAUGUCCCGGGGGUCGAGUGCGGGGUUUGACCGGCACAUCACCAUCUUCUCCCCGGAGGGAAGGCUCUACCAAGUCGAGUAUGCCUUUAAAGCGAUAAACCAGGGCGGAUUGACCUCUGUGGCCGUCAGAGGGAAGGACUGUGCUGUAGUCGUGACGCAGAAGAAAGUUCCUGACAAGCUCCUGGAUGCUGCGACAGUCACACACCUGUUCAAAAUCACAGAGAACAUAGGAUGUGUUAUGACCGGCAUGACUGCUGACGGCAGGUCUCAGGUGCAGCGCGCACGGUACGAGGCGGCUAACUGGAUGUACAAGUACGGCUACGAGGUGCCCGUGGACAUGCUGUGCAAACGCAUGGCCGACAUCUCCCAGGUUUACACCCAGAACGCGGAGAUGAGACCGCUAGGCUGCUGUAUGAUAGUGAUCGGGAUUGAUGAGGAGUUGGGCCCACAGCUGUUCAAGUGCGAUCCAGCCGGCUACUACUGCGGCUUCAAGGCCACGGCAGCCGGAGUGAAACAGACAGAGGCCACUAGUUUCCUGGAGAAGAAAGUGAAGAAGAAGCUGGACUGGACUUAUGAGCAGACUAUAGAGACGGCUAUCUCAUGCCUGUCUACUGUUCUGUCCAUCGACUUCAAGCCCUCGGAGCUAGAGAUCGGAGUCAUCACGGCACAAGAGCCCAAAUUCAAGAUUCUGUCAGAGGCCGAGAUCGAUGCUCACCUGAUGACUUUGUCUGAGCGGGAGUGAAGAACGGAGGAUAAACAGUAAAAAGCAUCAACACACAAAAUGUCUCAGCUGGAAGGAAGAUGAAGGAGGAGCUGGUAUCAUCUUCUUCAAAAAGAGAUGAACAGUAACAGAUAACCCCGCCCCCACCCCUCCAUGCUAUCUGGUCACAAACAGGACAUGAUAUUAUCCGCGUACCCAAACCUUCGCCCCCUCCUGUGUUUUCCUUCUGCAGCCAGCUGCUAAAUGUCUCAGAUCGUGGACGGGACAUUCAGAUCAGUCCCUGACGUGACACAUAAAGUGUGACGUGGCAGCUGAUGUGACGGACGGCCGCAGCGCAGCAGCUCAGCCUGAAUGACUUCACCUAAUGAGUGUGACAUGAGCAGAUUGGAAGGUGGAGGUGUGGUAACACUACAACUUACAGCACAAUACCUCUUAAAUGUGGACUCAGUGGUCCUGUAGCUUCACUGUGCUCGGCAGUGCUUCCUGACCAUCUUUUCUCAGGGCUACCACUUACAUAUGUGUCUCUCUUCUUCAGUGUUUAAGCUUUCCCCUCCGCACUGUCUUCAGUUUCAGGAUGAAGUUCAUGCUCUGUACUCGAUGAUAACCCAGGGAACAGCUGUGGGAAUUCUCCUACAGCAGCAGGUCAUUGUCACACCCCUGUUUAAAUCUGCUCAGGUCACUAGAAAGCUGGUGUUUUGAUCUACCUGCCCUUCUGCUGCAGCUGCUGUACAUUUCCACACUUCUAUUAAACACACUUUUUAUUUAACA